AUGCCGGUACGCAAUACGCGUUUUCGAGUCUUACAAAACGAACAAUACUUGGACAAGAAGAAGCAGCUCAGCAUAAUCAAUUUCAAACCCGACUAUCCCGCUGUCUUCAAAAAAGCUUUCCUGGAUAUACCCGCAAUUGAAAAAUGGUUCCAGAAACUCAGUGAGCGGCCAGAGGUGCUCACAGGUGAACAACACCUAAAACAACACGAUCAACGCAAACAACACCAACAACGCAAACUUGAUGCACUCUACAAAACGUUCAGAUAUCCUCAGGAGCUGAAUACAGCAUAUCUGGAGCAGUAUGGCAAUGCAAUUGUGCCGUUGGAAUUGACCCGUGUUUCCACCAACGGCAGCGCUCGAAACCAAACUUUCGAGCGCUUCGAAGCACCGCUAUCUCUCCUUUUACAGCAUAUGAGUGCUGCUGAGACGCAAGACACCAGUUUGUACCUCGCGCAACACUCGCUAGCUGAUCUCCCAGCGCCGCUGCAAGAAGACCUCCCCACGCCCUCGCUCUUCCUACCGCACCUCAAGGCCCGUGGCGAUAUCUAUGCAUCAAGUCUUUGGAUGGGUAGACCGCCUACGCGCACGCCGCUACACCGCGACCCGAAUCCAAAUAUCUUUGUACAACUGGCAGGCAAGAAGACGAUUAGACUUAUGAAGCCUGAGGUAGGCAGGGGUGUAUAUGAGAUUGUAAGACAGAAAGUACAUGGGGCUGGUGGAGACGCGAAUAUGAGGGGAGAGGAGAUGAUGCAAGGAGGAGAAAUGGAGGGCUUAGAAGAUGCAGUGUGGAAUGACGACCCCGAGGUAAAAAUGGCUGACGCAACCGGCGUAGAAACAACUCUGAGGAGUGGAGAUGCGCUCUACAUUCCUCAUGGAUGGUGGCAUGCUGUUAGGGGGAUUGGAAGGGGCGCAAAUGCUUCGGUCAACUGGUGGUUCCGCUGA